AUGGCCGCCAAGUAGGCACGUUGGUUAGGCUCGCUUGUCUAGUGUUCAUAUCUAUGGACAACACUGGUCUCAGCCGGAAUCACACGCUCUUCUCCACUUCUACGUGCUUUAUUAAAAAUGUCCUGAAUUUGCAGCGAACGUGCUGAAUCCUUGUCACACGAAAAUGUGUGCAAGAAGGACACCAGAGUACAAGGAGGAACUUUGUGGACCAAAAGAGGAGAAUGAGCCACAACAUCAACUACUGGACGCUAUAUUCAAUCUGCAGCCUCGAAUUGUGCUGCACAGAGCAGACGUCAGUCGAGAUCUUCGUCCUGAGUGGCCGAAGCCAGACUCUCUCACAUUAAAGAGGAAGAGGAGGACAAAGAGGUUUGUCACAUUAAAGAGGAAGAAGACUUGAAGUCCCGCCACAUCAAAGAGGAGGAGGAAUAGUUCCUCCACGUUAAGCAUGAAGAAAUCAUUCAGGUUCCUGUGACUGGUGUGUCUUUGAAGAGUGAAGAUGAAGGUCAAAGUGAGGAGAACAGAGGGGCGCAGCCUCCAAGCAGCUGCUCAAGUCGACACAUGACAACGGAAGGUGAUGGAGAUCGCUGUGAAGAAUUACAAGCAGACGGCCUCUUAGCUCCACUAUCAGAUAGUGACGACAUGACGUCACACUCUCCUCGCACGGAUGAUGAUGAUGAUGAGGAUGAUAAACAGUCUGAAGGUGGUGAGACAUCUCCCACUGACAACAAACGAUGGAAAUGUUCUCAGUGUGGGAAAACCUUUGCCUAUAAGGGAAAGUUGAAACAACACAUGAGAACACACACUGGAGAGAAACCUUUUGCCUGCACAGUUUGUGGCCAGAUAUUCUCUCAGAAGGUCAUCUUAAGUCGUCACACAAGAACACACACUGGAGAGAAACAUUUCGCCUGCUCAGUUUGCGGUCACAGAUUCACCAAGAAGGGCGACUUGACAAGUCACACAAGAACCCACAAUGGGUUAGGGUUAACCCUAAACCGAACCACCACCACAGUGGACGUUCACCGCAACAAUGACAACACAAGUAAUCCUACACCAAUAACAACAAGGGGCACAAUGACGGAAGGAAACUCGGACUGGGCCCAAAUUGCGGAAAUCGGAGGAUGGAGACCAACCAAGGGACUCAACACCAGUCUCCCCGUUACCCGUGGAACCUAAGGAACGGAGACACCCAACCUUCUCUAAAAACAACGCCUGCGUGAUUCCGAAGGACAGUUCGCUUCUGGAGAUCUCCCUGGAGGAGGAGACACCUCUGAUUGACUUUAACCCGCAAUCAUCGGGGGAUGAUAGCUUCGAAAAGAUGCUACUUGACCUCGCAGAGGAAAACACAACAUCGCCGACCCACCUACCCGAAUCGCUUCCACUCAAUUUGGGAAGUCGGGAACGUCCUACUACAAUCUCAAGACUGAGACAAUUGGAACUGCCGGUGAGAGCCCUCACGCAAAAAAACAUUGACUCCUACCCUUUCCGUUCCUCAAAGGGAUGCCACCCGAGCCAAGUCACGACAACCAAUCCUCAAAAAAGUCCAAAGACAUUUGAACACAAAUAAAGAAAUGAGGGAUUGGAAUUUAACAACGACAAGAAAAUACAUAAUCGUCGGAGAUUCCAACCUAGCAAAGAUGCCACCUUUUUCAAAUCCUGACCUCCAGAUAGAGAGCUACCCUGGCGCCAACCUUCGCCACGCAGCAUCCAUUCUCUCCAAAACCAAACACCUGACCCUGGUCAACAAAUUAGUCCUCUCCUUUGGCAUAAACUGUAGAUAUCAGAAAAUUCAAGAAACUGCAAUAAAACAGAUCCAAACAGCAAUCCGCGCGGCAAAGCAACAAUUCCCAGCAGCAACUAUUUGGGUCCCAGAAAGAAACUUUUCCCAUUGUCUCCCAGCACAAUCGCAAUUACGCCUUCGAAAACUCAACAAGCACAUAACGGCCAACAUAAAUAGUAUUCCAAAAAUUCACCAUUUGGACUUCUCUACGGAAGGGGAUGGAAUACAUUGGUCCAAAUCAACAGCGGCAGCUGUACUCGACCACUGGACAAUGUACUUAGACUUGUGAGUCCCCUUACUCCCAGGACAGAAGGGACCACACCCACAAGCAAGUGGAUACGACAAUCAGACACUUUGGAUCCCUUGGACUUGCAUGAGAAAUACAACAACUGACAAGUCCGCAUUGUGAACUCAGCUCGGAUUUGACAUCCUCUCUCUUUUGGGCCUGAACCAGGUCACACUGACUGUUUAACCCUAACCUACUUUCUAACCCUAACCCCUUUGCGUGGACAGACCUAACCAUAACCACAACCUAAAUUAUAUUGUAACGACUAAUCCUAAACUUCUUCCUAAAUUUAACCAAUCUCAAUUAUUAGCCCUAACCAUAAUUUUAGUCACAACACCUAUUCUAAACCUCUGCCUAAACUUAACCAGCAUCUAACAACUAACUCUAACCUUUUCCUAAACUUAACCAAUUGGAAAAUGGACUAUCUCAAACUGAGGGCCCUAACCUUAAAAUUGAUUUCCCCAAUUCUACAGGGACGCAUCCAGAAAAAUAAUCAUAAAAAAAUACUUACCUCAAAUACUUACCUUAAUUCUACUCAAAAUAAAAUAAAGGCUUUAUUUAUUUAUUUAAUUAUUUUGAUGAUUUAAAUAAUUUAGAAUACUCCAAAAUUAUAACAAAAUAAAGGCUUUAUUUAUUUAUUUAUUUGUUCAUUUAAUUAUUUAAUAUAUUUACCUAUAUAUUGGUUUAUAUAUAUAUUUUUUGAAAUACAUAAAAUAAAACAUAGGUUUCAUCUAAUUAAACCAUUUUUUGAAUUUUAUUGGAUUAUUUAUUUUGUUGAAUUGUGUGCUCAGACCUGAGGAAGGCUCGGGUUUAGCCGAAACGUAGUCAAGAGCGCACAUAGAUAGAAAUUGGAAUUAAAACAAGUACAUUAGAUUAGGAACAGUUGGAUAAGACUAAAAACAAAUACAUUAGGUUAAAAACGAUUUGAUUUGGUUAAAACUAUGAAUUUAGACUAAAACAUUGUUUUCCUUUUUCUUCUUCCUUUUUAGAUUUCUUUGAGUUACACGUAUACAUUAGAGGAUACUUUAUAUAAGCACAGGGUGAUAAAAUAGAUUGUAAAUCAUCAAACAGUUCAUGCCUCAUAAGCUAACCCUUCAUCCAUCAGUGUGCUGUCCCUUUCUGGUGUGCCCACUUUCGUAUUGUUUAGUACAGUCAUGCAGACAAACAAAGAAUAGACUUCCUCUUCUGCUGUUCUGCCACUCAGUAAGUUGCUGUAGCAAGCAGUCGUCAUUUUUUGUCAAAGAUGAAGAAUAUAUGCCUGUGAGCAAUGUAGCUGUCUAUAUGUGUUGUUCCACCAUAUGUGUUCAAGUAUUUCUUCAGUGUUCUAAAACAGCGACUGUUGAUGCUAACUGUUAGCAUAUCAAUGACGUUUUCCAUUCAUUGGGUUGUUCUUUAUUAGCACGCAAAUAGCGGACGUUCCUACGGCAAAGCUGUGGUUGUUUUACACACACAACUUGUAGUUCUCUUUGUUUUAUGCUUAGUUUGACCAUAAAUUGCAAGUGGGAGUGGCAUUAAACAGCUUGAAACCUCUCUUUUUUUUUGGGGGGGGGGGGGGAAUGUUCACCAUUUGCUGCGAUUGGCUGGCAACCGGUUCUGGUGUACUCGGCUUCUUGCACUCGCUUCUUGAAGUCAGCUGAGAUAGGCGCCAGCACACCCGUUCCCCGGGUGAGGAUAAGCGGUUAAGAGAAGGGCUGGAUGAUCACCAUUUGUUAAAGUGGUGCUGAUUGCGAAGUGAGUUGAAUUGAGUUUACUGCCACCAGAAAGCGCUCCUAUGUUAAAUUGACGCUCGCAAGUCAAAGCAAAAUGGCCGAAUGAAGGCUCAUAUCUUGCAAAAAACUCGUGUCGUGUUACUUGUAUCUCGAGGUAGACCACCGGACCUCGUAGUCCACCUUUCCGUGGACCUCACCUGGAGCCGAAACCCUUCCCGUCUGCUCAAGAAGGCGUAACAUCUCUACUUGCGACGUGCCAGACUGGGGCGCCGUGUCUCGAGGAGCUUCUGCAGAUGUGGUGGAGAGUGUCCUCAGCAUCAGCAUCACGGUGUGGCACGGCAGCUGCUCGGCUGCAGAGAGGAAGGCAUGACAAAGGGAGGUAAAUGGAUCCGCGAGGCCGCCAAGACCCACAAGCUGGUGGAGCAGGAGCUGGCACACGCCGUCAACGCCAGCGCCAGGGUGCUGACCGAGGCCAAGCCGUCCAGCCCUGAGUUUUGGAGUCGCAGCACAGCCGUGGAAAUUGUCAACAGCAGCAAAGUUGUCCAGGCAGAGACAACCCUGCUUCUGGAUGGAAAACAUCCGUCCGAGUUCCCCGAGGAAGAGGGGCUCCGCUUAACCCCGAAGAGCCUGAGUGCUGAGCUCCACAAACUGGAUGACAUCCACUGGAUCUGUCCACUAAUGCACUGUGCUGAGGAGUGUCUACACGUUGCUUGCAUGCAGCAGAGUGCAGCCAUCUCUUAGAAACGACACGACGGAAACCGCCUUCAGACUGAAAUGAGACUUUUCGGGGACACCUUGUUUCUACGUCACGCAACCUUCAAUGACACCAGAAGCCGAUGUGCAGAAAUCUUGGACGUUGAACAGAAAAGAAAAACACUGAAUGUAUUUGUGUGUUGAGCUGUUAAUAAUACUACUGAUAAUAAUACAGAUAAUGAUGUGCACAUGCAAGGUGCUCAAGCGGUUUUGACUUUGUUUGGCUUGUCGUGACCUCAACUAAAGAGGUCAUGGUUGGUGGUUCAUGAUCAGCUGACUGUAGAUGUAAUGCACCAAUGUGAAUGUUUGUUUUGCCAGUAGUUGGCAAUUGUUCUUAUCGUCUUGCUCUCGUGGGUUUGCUGUCCAAUCCCCCACCACCCCCAGGUCCACCAAACCAUCCCUCCCGUGCGUUCAUAAACACGAUAGGAUCAAUGAAGAAAUCAAGUCGGCCAAAUGGGCAAAUCGGUCGUUUGCAAAAGCAUGUUUAGUCUAAGCCGAUGCUUGCUGCGAGGGGCAUACUAAACGAUAGCGCGUGCAGGAACAUGCUCGUUUCCGCUCACGGUCGAGCAUCGCCAAGCUCCACUGUCGUCGGGUGCUGUUUCUGCAUCCAGUGUGCGCCGAUGCCUUUUUGCGUUCAAGGCUUUUGUGGUGUUGUGCCAAGUAGAGCGACACACUACAGUCGUGUGUGCAAUGUGGCGCUCAUUUCAAGUUUACUGUGUCUGUGCUCGCACUUUACAAACUCCUUGAUGGGGGAAAUGUGCGUGUACACGCGUUUACGGGAAAUUAGGUGAAGAAUAUACAUUUUUAUUUGUGAUGAACUAUUAAAUAUGUAAUGUAAAAAUGCACGCCCAUCGAUGUGAUCCAUGGCUGUGGCGUUCCUGCUCCCGUGUCCACUGACGCGCCGGGCCAACGUGUUACCAUGGUAACCACAUUAUCCAUUUGAAGCUUAAAGCCAAAGGUUAAGUCGACUCGUGAAUCACUUAUUGAUGAAGAUAAAAUGUUUGUGUACAAUGUGUAACUUUUUGAAAUUGUAUCAUCAACUUGUUGUGAACAUAUGAUCGCAACGUGUAUAUUGUUUUUAAAAAGAAAGCUCAUGUAUAUUUAAUUUUAUCAAUGAUUGUUUUAAUGUAAUUUAAUGGGGUUAACAAUGAUUCCGCAAUGCCGGGUGUUUGCACGAGUGUGUGCGUGUUGCCAGUUGUUCCGUCAUGUAUCAAAGAUAAGCUUUGGAAAUUAAAAUGACUUGAUGGUGUGAUAAAUGUGCGUCUGCCGCUGCUUCCAACGUGUCUGACUUAAAAGUAAGGUUUAUUAAUAGCCGCAUGUAAGUUUGUUCGGUUUGUAUGAAAAUGCUUGCCGCAGCUUCUCCCUACAUACAUUGUGACCAACAAAGCUGACACAAUAUGAAGUUGUCAUUUCUCUUAAUUGUCGAUUCAUGAAAUGUUUAGAGUGAGGAGCUAUAAAGGUGUUCUGUCAUAAACUGACUUUGCCUCUUUUCCCAAGACAACUCUGCUUUCAGCUGGACUAUCGCAUGACAGGCGUGCGUGUCAAAUGCCUCAGUGUGUUCUGUAUGUUGUUUGUGAAUCCAUCCAGUAAGGAAUAAACCGUAUUGGAAAAGUAA